AUGGCGUUAGAUUUUGCCGCUACAUAUAAGAUCUUAGUUUUAGGUGAUUCGAAUGUUGGCAAAACAUGUAUCGUUCAUCGUUUUUGUGACGAACGCUAUUAUGAUACGUAUAUAUCCACAAUUGGUAUAGACUUUAAACAAAAAAUCGUCAAUUUGGACGGGGUGCCCAUUAAAUUGCAAAUAUGGGAUACGGCUGGCCAGGAAAGAUUUCGAACGUUGACAACGGCUUAUUACAGGGGUGCUAUGGGAAUUCUGCUAUUGUACGACGUCACUAAUUUGGAGUCUUUUAAUCAUAUAACAUAUUGGCUUCAAAAUAUCGAGGAGAAUGCGUCUCCGCACGUAAUUACAGUACUGGCGGGCAACAAAUGUGAUUCCAGUGACCGCAUUGUCGACACGGACAGUGGACAAAAGAUUGCUGAACACUUCGAUCUACCAUUUUUCGAAGUAUCCUGCAAGGACAAUAUUAAUAUUGAAACAUCCUUUAUGAAUUUAGCAAGAAAAAUACGCGAUAAACGUGAACAAAAGGGUUAUUCCCUUUUGGACCCAGUGACCAGCGACAAUGCAAAUGUACUCAAGGAAAAAACGGAGCUUCAAGUGCGCGCAUGUUCCGCAUGUUAAAUGUUAAGACUGCAAAAACUCAAUUUUUCUGGAUAUUAUUUUUUACUGACUAGUAAUUAGCGGGCAAUCAAAUCUAACUGACGUUAACUUAAAAUAUUAUAUCUGCUCAAAAUUGUUAAAUUUGCAAGUUCCUUUAUUGAAUAAUUUAUCGAUAUAUACAAAUCCAGUUCUAUGUGCUGAAAUGUUCACGGUAUCAGAGUCAUAAUUCGGAAAUUCAAUUAAUAAAUCACUUACUGCUACAAAUUGUGACAAAAAUAUACUAUACAACUUCCUACUUAGUAAACUUAAAGUAGUAAAAAUAGAUGGUACAAUGUAAUGAUUAUCUAAACUUAUGAUUGUAAUUAACCUAUUUGUCAUAACAGGUCCUGAAUUAAGUUAUGAUUCGAAAUUUUUUACAAAACACUUCACAGGGUUGGACUGGCCAAGGUAAAUUUUCGAAAGAACUAAUAGCUGCGUAUUGAUCAAAACGGCAGCUUUCGAUGGUAACUUUGAAUUGAUGAGCCACUUCUUAGAUUUGUUAAUAGUAUCUGCUUUACAUAUACGCACAAGUAGGCAAAUAACUGACUAGCCAUCUUAAUUAUUAAAUUGUGAAAUAUGUAUUCAAGAUCAAUUAUUAGUUAUAAUUUAAAGUAAACUGAUUUGUGAUAUUUAAUUUUGCAUUUAACAACAUAGUUCAUUGAGAAACUCAGCUGCAACUAUACAAUACACAUAAUAUGUAAUUUUUUAUUAAUUUGCUACCAAUUGUCUCUCGAAUUCAUUGAAACCAAAUUAUGCUUUAUCUUUUGUAAGACUGAUUGCUUUAUUAAAUAAAGCAAAGCUCUGUAAAUUUUGUUCACUUAGAUAUACAUGUAGGUAGUAAUAUUAAAUGUGUAAAACACUGACUAAAUUUAGGUAGCAUACUUUUAUUUCCGACUCCUAAGUGCUUUGAUAACUUCACUAAGUAAAUAAUUAUAGAGCGUAUUAUUGUUCGUGUCGAUUGCUAUUUUGCAAAAUAAUAUUUUAUAUCUUUAGCAUUAAAGACAAUCAGGCCCAUUCACUAAACAUCUAGCGAAUAUUAAUAUUUAAAUUUACUUAAACAGAACAAAAUUUAAAAAUUAGCUUGUUGAUUUUAAAUAAUAUACCUACCGACUAAAAAAAUUAUCGGAGAAUUAAGUUAAUAUUUUAAUUAAUAUUAAUGUUAACAAAAUGCUUGGUGAAUUGGUAUGAAUAUAUAAAAUAUUAUGUACUUUCAUUGCAAUACGUCUCACGUGUGAUAUUACAUAACAGUUUUCUAAUUAAAUUCGGGAAUCACGUAGGGAAGAACAAUAACUGUGAAUUUGAUACGUAAUUAGAGCUAAUUGUAAGUAUACAUAUAAGGUAUUAGAGAGAUGUUAUGUAAUUAAUACAAAUUAACAAUUUCUUCUAAACCAAAAUACAAUGACCAAAGACACAUGUUAAUUCUAUCUCAAGUUAAAAAACUCAGCAAGAAAAUUAUAUCAUUUUAGUUUAUUUGAAAUUGUUAAUAACAACUUAAGCACAUCGAAUUUAUUUAAAUGCUUGCUGGGACCAUAUUGAAUUGCGAAAUUAGCAUUUUAAAAAUAUUGUGAUACAAUUAGGUGUAUAAAAUAGCAAAUUUUAAUGUAUGAAAAAUAAAUAUAUGUGAUUAA